AGCUGUGUUAUCCUCUGUUUAUUUUGGUCCCUUCCUUCUCCUUUUUGCUGAGAAAUCCUGCAUCUGGCUGUACAGGAAGCCAGUUCAUCUGAAUGAAAUUGAAAAGUAUAACUCAGCCUAGUUGCAGAUGAACUGAAUUGAUAAGCAGUAUAAUUCAAGUAUGGGGAUGCAGUGCAAAUUGGCUUGCAAAGCAGAGUGGGAGUGCACCGUUUUUCACACUUGCAGUUCAGUCAGAAAAUCUGGAAUCUCUGGGGACUGGGGAAACCAAAACUUCGCCCAGGUCUUUCCAGAGUAGUAUUUCUGAAUGAGUGGUAGGAUUGUAUCAGAGACUGGAACAUGGACUGGCUAGUGACCACGAAGUGAGGAGGAGGGAGAUCAUCUGGGAAUAUUCUUGGCGAAGAUGGGCGGAACUGAGGGAUUGUUGUUACGUAGCCAUCAUUGGCGUCAUCGCAAGAUGGAGCGGGAGCACGAAUCUCCAUUUGUUUAUCCUCUGAAUCCUGAAUACAACAGACGAUGAGCUCUGGUUCCAUGAUCUACCUGCUGGAAUAUACUGCCGCCGGGACACGGUCAUAUGAAACUCUGUCAGGAGUAACUAAACUGGCCGUUGCUGCUAAUGUUUAAAGGAUUAGAAGCUGCCGGAUCAGAUGGCUAAUGUUGGCUCCAAGACAGAAAGGACAACAGAUAACGAGCCACCACAUGCGAGCUCGUGUGGUAAAAGAUUGUGCGAGCAUUAUUACUGAACUAGAAAGAAUAUCCGACACCCUGUCUGCCCAGAUGACCAGGGAUGUGGCCAUGUGCAGUUUACGCGGUGCAAAUCUGAGCCAUCUGGGUGUGCGAGUGCGAGGGUCCAUCCGAACUCGUCAGGUUUCAGCAUCAUCGCUGCGUGCGAGAACAAAGCUGUGGCUCGCAUGCCUCGGAGUUGCGUCGCAUCUUCAUCCUGGCUCAGGAGAAAUCGCAUCCUCGAUUAGGUCCACAGCCAGUCAGCUCAAGCUGCUAACGACAGUUGAGUCUUCUUCAGUGCUCCUUUCUUUUUUUUUUUAGUCUUCUUCAGUUGGCCGGGCCAAACGGGAAAGGGCCGCAGGCCGGCAGAAUAGUGAACACGGGCCGGGGUGGGCUGCUCUGCUCUGCGAAAUGAGAAUAGUUUUUGUAGUUUUGGGAAAAUAUGCGACGGAGGCUGACGUAACAGGUGAAUCUUCUUGGAUGGAAAUGGAGAGGUCUCUGGCCCGUGUGCGUGUAGCUUUUCCCCACUCUUCCCUGUCUCUCUCAUCUCUUCCCAUCCCAGCUCCAUCUCCUUGCUCCCGCAUCCCUGUGUGCCACCUCGGAGCUGAAAUGAGCGGCGGCAGCGGCGGCCUGGGCGCCGGCUUCUCGUACCAGAAGUUCGUCCACGUCGCGCUGGAGCAGACCCGCCUCCGCACCGCCCUCGCCCCUCACCCAUCGCAGGAAAAGUUCAAGUUCAUAAAAACCAAUGAGGAUAAUACUAUUUUCAAUGCUCUUUCAUUCAGCGCCCCCAAGAUUAGAUUGCUUCGAAGCCUGACAAUUGAGCAGAAAAACUCGGUUCAGGUUCUUGACUUUGCUGCCUUCUCAGAACCUGAAUACGACCUUCCUAUAUUUUGUGCCAACGCUUUUACAUCUCCUGCGCGUAGUAUUGUUGUCUUGGAUCUGAAUCCUUUGUAUGACACCACUGAGCACAAGGAUUACAGGGGAAAAUACUAUAGGAAUUUGAUGCCUCUUAUACACAAAUACAGUGAGCUUCUGCCCUGGGGUGGCAAGAUUACAAGCGAGUCUCUGAGAUUCUUCUCUCCUAUUGUUAUCUGGACAAUACUUGAGCCAACUGAGGCCAACCACCAAGUUCUGUACUCUGCCUUCAUGGAUUACUUCAAGGUCUGGCUGGAAUUAAUGGAUGAAGCAGUUCAAGGAACUAGCGUAGAAAAAAUUGACCGAAAUAGAGAAGCACAGCAUAAAUAUCUCACAUGGAGAGCCGAGAAGGAUCCUGGUUAUCCACUGUUAAAAAAGUUGAUUGGUGAAUGUGCUGCCAAGGAGUUGGUGAGGGAGUUUCUGUUUGAAGGGGUAGACUCGCUUGGAACAAAGUCAUUCUUGGAGUAUUUCCCCGAAUAUGCACAAGAAGAUGGGACGGUAAACAAAAAGAGGAGCAUGGUGGGGAAAUCUUUUGAAACUAGGCCUUGGGAUGCCCAUGGGCAGUUCGUCGGCGACGCUGGUGAUGGAUAGCAGCUCUGUUCUAGCUACAUCUAGUAGUUGUUUGUUCUUGAAAUACGCGCAACUUGGGCAGUGGCGCCCGGCAACUCGUGGUAAAAAAAAAAAAGGGCUAUGGGCCGACGGCCCAACGAGAGACUGCGAUGACGUGGACGUGGUUGCUGCCAUCCCGUUGAUCAACGAUGAACAUUAUCUUUAUCAAAAAAAAAAUGAUGAACAUUAUCAGUUCUUGCAGGCCCUGAAUGCGAUCGAUCUGUAUGAGGCUGAACGUACACUCAGCUCUUUGGAUCCCUCUCGCCUCAAGUACUCCCAUGGCAGUAUGGCACAGCACAAGAAGGAAGGAACCGGGAAGUUGCCGAGCCCUUGCUGCCAGAAACAACCGAACAAACCAGAGUGCCUCGGAUCCUUUUCACUCUCCCCAAGCAGUCAGCACAAAGUUACACAGCGACGUCUGUCAAAAACGAGAGAAGGUCCAUAUGCAUGUGCAUGCGCGGACAGAGAGAGUCAGGUUGGUUUGAGCAAAAGACGAUUGUACUCACUCUGCAAAAGUGAAGUACUGUAAAGGUCUCUCCCUCUCUCUUCCCAUUCCAUUCAAAAGAAGAAGAAAAAAGAGCCAGGCACACCAAGUGAACAAGACAAACUUGGCUAGGUGUGAAACCUGCGCCAGCCAUUAGGCAGGCUCUCCUUGAGAUUUGGAGGGAGUUUUUCAUAAACCCACUUUGUAGGCAGGCUUGUAGUCCUUGACCAAUCCAUCCAUCCCACGCCCAACUCAGAAACUAAACACGUCUCUGCUGGCGCAUUGGCAAGCAGCCAAACUCCUACACAUGCAGCCAUCCGCAUGCUCAUCGUCGCCAGGCCAGGCCACAUCUGCAUGGAGCCGCACUUCAUAGAUUCACUAUGCUCCGCACAGAGAGGGGGUACGAGACUGCCAUGUGAGAGCUCUGCUCGGCGACACCACAACGCAACAGGCAUGACCGGGACCAUCGCCGUCGCGACUCGCGAGGCAUGGAUGGGAUCUCACCUCGCAUGUGACUUGCUGCUGUUGCUGCCAUCGUCUUCGUCUCCGUGGAAACGGCCGCAAAAGCUGCAUGGAAACCGGCAAGAAGCUUCACUACCAAUGGAAGCUGGGGAGUUUCCUGAGAAACAAAAAGGACACCGUAAACGAUGGAAGCUGCAGGCUAAUCUCAUGGGGAGUCGCGACCAACUCGCUGAUGAUGAGCGCAUCAAGGUAGAGGUAGGAGUACAACAGUCCAGAGGGCCUGCCACUCCCGUGUAAGCUACUAUAUAGUACGUAUGGAGCAAAUAUUCCCUUGGGGGUUUAUUCGGUCAAAUACUGCAGCACUGGCAUCCUUUUGACCCCUUGCAUGUGUAGUCAGCGAUUUGCACGGAUUAAUAAACAGAAAGUUCAGAGGGUUCA